ACUUUAGCAUUCUCUGUUAAACUAAAAAAUGGAGAUUCAAAAAGAAGUUGAAGAAAUACUAUUCAAUUUAAUAGAUAAUAAUGAUAUUAGAACUUUACAAUCAAAUUUAAUAGAAGGAAGAGGUAGUAUCAACGAUAUUACAUUAUUGAAAUGUAUGGAAAAAUCGGUUAUCGAGAAUAAAUGGGAGAUAUUUGAAUUAUUCUCGUCAUCGUGGAUUUAUCAAAUAUUCAGCGUGACCAGAAUACGUAGAGAGUUCUUCCAGGUUCAAGGGGAUUAUUCAACAGCCUAUGAAUACGAUAAAAGUGUUGACGAACUUUGGUUGGUAUUGAAAAACUUUUAUGACAAACUCUUAGAUAAUUCAGAAUUGAAUCAAGCCGAUGAAGAACUUAUUAUUUUGAAAGAAAGUAUUCUACCCAAAUUGGAAAUGAUUAUCAAGAUAAGUAAUCAUUCUACAAAUCAAAAAUUAAUUGGAUCUGAGAAUGGCGAAGAGCAAAAUUGUCUUGUUGUCAACUCUUUGCGUUUGCUUUUGAGGUGUACGAAUUGUGAUAAUAAUAUGGAAAAGAUCAACGAAUUGACAAAUAAGCUUAGUGUUCAAAAGAAUCCUGAAAUAUAUGAGUUGCUUUUGAAUAGUAAUUUAAAAGCCAAAUUUGCAGUUAUUAAGAAAAUGCUUGAAAAUAGAAGGAAGAAUGAUAUUAACGAUUCAAGUUUAAUUGAAAGUUUAUCGAGAUUUAAAGCACCAUUGUAUUCAGUUGCGACUAUGCUAAAAUUAAUGACUUUUAACGUGGAAGAGAAGGAAAAGAUUGGCGAAAUAUUUCUAAGGAAUAGAGCGGAAGAACUAUUCCAAUAUGGAGUUAAGAAAAAUAUUUUUCCUUUUACAAUAAGAGCAGCACUUACGUCGUUAACGUGGAGCAAUAGAAUAUUAAACAAUUUUAUUGAUGAUCAUUUCUCAAUCUAUAGAGAACUUUUUAACAACAAUAAGUUAUUUAUAAUGAAAGAUUAUGAUAUUCCUAAUCCAAAUGCUAUUCUGAAAGCUUUCAAUCAUCGCCGAUUUCAAGAUUGUCAACAAAUUAAAAGUUUCUUUUUUAAAAAUCUUUUCCAAGAUCAAAAUCUUUCGAAUGGUCUUGUAGAUUCAAUUCGACACGGUAACGAAUGGUUUACAGCUCUUUUUGCCGUAACUAUCGGCUAUGAUAUGGGACUUCGACUGUCGCAGGGUGUCAUAGAUUUCGCAUUCACUCAAUUGUUAAACGGUUCGUCUCUACGAUCUAAACAUCAUACUGCGUGGAACUCAAUUGAUUAUACUUCUCAAGAAGUUUUCUGGUGUUGUAGACUGCUUGUUACAAUAAUCUGGUGUGGAUAUACAUUGUCAGAUACGAAUAACUUGAAGAAUCUUUACGAAAAAACAAAAAGUAACUGCUCAGGUAGUGAUACAUUUGAUCGCCUCUUGCAUUUUAUUGCCAAUUCUAGUCAAAAACAAUUUAGUUUCCUUAUGCGAAUUGCUAAUAGAAAUCACGAAAUAAUGACUCUAAAAUCAAUGGCAAGAUCGACAAUCAGAUCAGAAUUAACUAAACCAUUUAGAAGAAAUUUGGCGAUUUUGUUGGAUAAAUAUCCACAUGUACAGUCGGACUUUAUUAAUUUGGAAAAUGAAAUAGUGGAUUUAAAAUUGGAAAGAAUUAAAUUCCGAAUACUUAACAAUAAAUUCCGCCUUAUUCAUCCAAAAUUAUGA